GGGAAAGGGUGACAUAUUUUUCACGAUUCGGGCCCGUGAUGCCUGGGAAUUGAGUAACCAACAGACGAUGGGGAUUUUUUCACCACACUUUUGAAUUUUACCCUUUUGCCUUGGGCUUUCUCUUUUGCGUUGUUGUUAUUCUUUGAAGACAAACAAAACACACGGGUCAUACCACCACUGUCUGUUGAUAUAAAAUACACAAAAUGCUUUCACGUCUUGGACUCCGUGGUAUUGCUAGACCAGCUCAGAGCUUUGUUCGCAACCAAGCCAUUAGAUCUCUCAACACGGUGAGAACCACUGCUGAUGCUGAGCAAGAAAUCUUGGUUGAGCAGAGAAAGAACAGACCAGUGUCUCCACAUUUGACCAUCUACCAACCACAAUUGACAUGGGUGCUGUCCUCCUUCCACAGAGUCACAGGUCUCUACCUCGCUGGAGGCUUCUACGGGUUGACCUGUACCUAUGCGUUUGCUUCUCUCUUUGGCUACCACAUUGACUCCACUGUUAUUCAAGAGGCAUUCUAUGGCUUGAACCCAAUUGCCCAGUACGCUUUGAAGGCUGGUAUGGUUUUCCCAUUCUUCUUCCACUUUGGCAACGGUAUCAGACAUUUGAUUUGGGAUGCAGGUAAGGAGUUGACCAUCAAGGGUAUUUACAGAACUGGUUACGCAGUUUUGGCAUUCACUGCUCUCAUGGGUGGUGUUUACACCCUUAUCUAAAGUUGAUUGACCCCCUUUGCAUAUACAAUUUAUUCACCUCCGGGA